AUGCCGGCCGAACCAAAGCACGCCGAACUGAGACAGAAGAUGCAGGCGCUCAAGAAUCUGUACAUCAGCCGCCACUACACGCAGUGCGCCAAAUUUGGGGAGCGUUUGCUGGCCGACGUGGAUAGCACCGCCCAUCCCCUGCACCGUGCAUACCUCAAUUUCUACACUGCGCUGUCCCACGACAUUCUGGCCAGGGAAGCCACGCUCAAGAACCGCUACCGCGAGCUCAUUGCUGCCGAAAAGUAUUACUGUGCUGCCAUUGCCCUGCUCUCGCCGCAAAUAACGCCUUGCUCGACUCCAAGCCUGGACGACGACCAACCGUCCACGCCCGACUCGGUCACGUUUCCAGAAGAAUCAGUAUGGCUGCGCCGCCUGAAAGCAACAUCCUAUGUCUCGUAUCGUACUUCGGCGUCAAGCACCUUGUCUGAGGCCAUUAGCCGCGAGCAACAUCUUGAUCUCGCGCUCCAGAGGCUUUCUUUCCCGACGCCACCUGAUGAGGAUGAGGAUGUGGAACCGACACCUACUACCAAAUUUCCUGCAGGAUCCAGCCGCAGAAGCGGCAUGCUCAUAUCUAUAUCGACCCAAAUUGUGCGACCCAAAUCAGCGGCACCUCCCCAACUUCCACCCCAGCUUCCACCCGACACAUCCAGCUUUGUCGAUAUGCUGCAAGGUCACCUCGAGAGUGUUCGCAACCUGAAGGAGAACACGGGGGUUCGUGGAGCCAAGUUUGGCAUUCCCUCACCCUUGUCUACGCCCACCAAGCAGCAGGCUAGAUCUUGGCGACCCAGUGAUCUGUCGGAUGAUCAAAAAGAAGCUUUGCACAAGAGAAGAAGAGAGAUGGUUUGGCGCCCAAGGUUUGACCCUCGGAGCAUACGCAAGCUGUGCGAUGAUGCACUUGACGAGAUCUAG